CCUUGCAAUUUGCCCUGUCCAAAGCUUCCAUUCCUGCCUGUGACUUGUCUGAAUUCUCAUUUUAUUGCAGCUGAUGGUGGGAUUGUGAGCACAAAUGAAGACAAUGCCCAUCAAGACAUCCCCCGGCCAGUGGAGCCCAAGGGUUUCUGCUCAGGACUCUCCGAGGAGAACAGUUCCCAGGGUCCUGCACAGGACCCUGUUCUGCCACGCAGGUCCGAAAGGAUUCAGAGUUCUCUGGGGAGGAGGCCAAGCCGAGCAGCACUGUGUGGAAAAAGCUCCAGGAGGCUGCCGGAUGUUGUUCAGCAGAGAAACCCUUCCAUGGGGAAACUGACGAUACAUGGGGAGUGUGGGAAGAGUUUCCAGAUGAGCUCCAACCUCAUCCAGCAUCAGGGAAUCCCCACUGGAGAAAAACCCUUCUCCUGCACCGAAUGUGGGGAGAGUUUCAAGUGCCGGUCACAACUCGUCCAGCACCAGAUGAUCCACACAGGGGAGCGGCCCUACGAGUGCCCCGAGUGCGGGAAGAGGUUCCGAGAAAGCUCGAACCUGAUCCGGCACCAGGUAACCCACACCGGGGAGAAGCCUUACAAAUGUGGCGAGUGUGGGAAGAGCUUCUCUGACAACUCGCAGUUAAUCCAGCACCAGUGGGUGCACACUGGGGAGAAACCCUACGAGUGUAGGACCUGCGGGAAGAGCUUCAGCGUGAGCUCGAAGCUGAUCCAGCACCAGGUAACCCACACUGGGGAAAACCCCUACAAGUGUGCUGAGUGCGGGAAGAGCUUCUUUAGGAACUCUCAGCUCGUCCUGCACCAGCGGGUGCACACUGGGGAGAAACCCUACGAGUGCGUAACCUGCGGGAAGAGUUUCAGCGUGAACUCAGGCCUGACACAACACCAGUGGGUCCACACCAGGGAGAAGCCCUACAAGUGUGCCGAGUGUGGGAAGAGCUUCUCCCAGACCGCGAAGCUCAUUCAGCACCAGCGGGUGCACACGGGGGAGAAACCCUACGAGUGCAGCACCUGCGGGAAGAGCUUCAGCUUGUCCGUAACCCUGACACGACACCAGCGGGUCCACACUGGGGAGAAACCAUACGUAUGCAGGACCUGCGGGAAGAGCUUCAGCGAGAGGUCAGCCCUGACACGACACCAGCUGGUCCACACUGGGGACAAGCCCUAUGAGUGCUCAGAGUGCGGCAAGAGCUUCAGCGUGAGCUCAAAGCUGAUCCGGCACCAGGUAACCCACACUGGGGAGAAGCCCUACAAGUGUGCCGAGUGCCCGAAGAGGUUCUCCGAGAACUCACAGCUUGUCCGGCACCAGCGGGUGCACACUGGGGAGAAGCCUUACAAGUGUGCUGAGUGCGGGAAAAGCUUCUCUGACAACAUGCAGCUCAUCCGGCACCAGCGGGUCCACACUGGGGAGAGGCCCUACGCCUGUGCCCACUGUGGGGUCAGCUUUCGACAGAGUGGCCACCUCACCGAGCACCUGCGCAUCCACACUGGGAGGCGUCCCUACGUCUGUGCUGAGUGUGGAAAGGGCUUCAGAGCGAGCUCAUCGCUCUUCCGGCACCAGCAGACCCACAGGGUUGGGGAGCCCUAGGUGGGGGGAGUUUGGGGAGCAGUGAGGUCUGAUACCCUGGGAGCAAAGCCCGGUGUCUCCCACUCCCAUUGACCACUGUGCUUGUGGAGGGUGAAAGCAGUUUCUUCCUAGGAGAAUGAGCCCACAGAGGUGAAGAAGAGGAGAGGUGGUGGAGGGAGCUGAUUGGAGGUUUGGGGCAGGUGCCAGAAGGAAAGUGCGUGACUCUUUUCAGUAGUGGGCAGCCCCAGGAUGAGGAGCAGUGGCCAUGAACUGAAACAGAAGAAGUUUCACCUGGACAUGAGAAAGAACUUGUUCUGUUGCAGUGUCAGAGCACUGAAGAGGCUGCGUAGGGGGAUGUGGAGGCUCCCUCUCUGGGCACAUCCAAGCCCUGCCUGGACACGUUCAGGUGCCUCUGCCCUGGCAGGGCUGGGACCGGGUGACCCCAGGGUCAGCUCCCAUGGCUGGUGCCGCUCGCAAUGACCCCACACAA